GGGAUGGUUGAGGCCGGGGCCACGCCCCCUCUGCAGCCCGCCGAACGCAUCCUGGGCUUUCUCCCACCGCUGUUCCAGACCGCCUGCACCUUGGCGAGCUCCGACUCCCUUCUUCAUGGCGUCGCUCCUGUGCUGCGGGCCGAAGCUGGCCGCCUGCGGCAUCGUCCUCAGCGCCUGGGGAGUUAUCAUUAAUCCACCCACCGCCACUUCACGAAGAAAUGAAUUCGUAGAAGUGCCGGCCCUCCCUCCCCUCUUCCGCACUGUCCCGUGAUGAUGGCGCCUCCAGGGAGGACGAUCCGCUGGGUUCCUGGGAGAGAUGGCUUGGUCACCCUAUUCCUACCCUUGUCUCCGUGUCACCACCUCACGCCCUGUUCCGGGUGGCUGAGUCCGAAUCCAGGAACCACCACCUCGUUUUGGUUCGUCUCAGGCUCGGCUGUUGUAGCAACAUGAGAAAUGGGAGGGGUUUACGAAACGAACGUGAGGGCAGGUGCCUGAAUUCGACAACCUACCCACUCCCCCUUUUCCAGAUCAUGCUCGGAAUAUUUUUCAAUGUCCAUUCCGCUGUGUUGAUUGAGGACGUUCCCUUCACGGAGAAAGAUUUUGAGAAUGGCCCCCAGAACAUAUACAACCUUUACGAGCAAGUCAGCUACAACUGCUUCAUCGCCGCGGGCCUUUACCUCCUCCUCGGGGGCUUCUCUUUCUGCCAAGUUCGGCUCAAUAAGCGCAAGGAAUACAUGGUGCGCUAGAGCCCGGGCGCGCCUCCCCGCUCCGGCCCCUGCUCCAUUUAAACGCCCCCUGCACCGCGUGGCCCCGGUCGCGUCCCGCCCUUGCCGGCGCCCUCUGCGGGCCUGGGUUUCCCGGGCGAGACGGAACCCCUCCCUCUCCCCCCCCCCCGGCAUCGGUCCCCUUGGAGAGGGCUGUUCCCUCUCUCCACCCUGCUCUGCGCCCCGAAUCUCAAUAAAGAGAAUCCGCUCUCCGAA